ACGCUGCCCUCAGUCGCCGUGGUGUGGCUCGUGCUCUCCCAGCCCGAGCGCCCCGAGCCUCCCUACCACCCCCGGGCCGGAGCGUGAGCCCCGCGGGCUCCCGCCGCACCCCAGCUCGGCCACGGCCUCCUCGCUGGAGAGGCAGAGUCCUUGUGUGGCCCCCUGCCUUACACACAGCCUGUGCCCUCAGGAGUGCAGCUCGCAGGCCACAGCAGUGGCACCCAUGGGCUCUGCAGACCACCGGUUUAACCUCGCCGAGCUCUUGUCACAGAACUACAGCCUCCGGGAGGGCUGUGCCGAGGCCCCGCAGUGCCCUGACAAGCCGGAGGACCAGCUGGACAAGGCCUUCAUCGCGCAGAGCAGUGACAUGCCCCUGGAUGAGCUGCUUGCACUGUACGGGUACAAGGCGUCAGACCCUAUCUCUGAGCAGGAGAGUGAGGGCGGAGACGUAGCCCCAACCCUCCCGGACAUGACCUUGGACAAGGAGCAGAUAGCCAAGGACUUGCUUUCUGGGGAAGAGGAGGAAGAGACACAGUCCUCCGCUGAUGACCUCACCCCAUCUGUCACCUCCCACGAGGCCUCGGACCUCUUCCGUAACCAGACUCGGUUCUUGGCUGGUGAUAAUGGCCCAGGCUCUUCGGUCUCUUCCGACACCGAGGAGGACACGCUUCCUGCCAACAAGUGCAAGAAGGAGAUCAUGGUUGGGCCUCAGUUCCAGGCUGACCUCAACAUCCUGCACUUGAGCCGACACUGCGACAAGAUCUAUGAAAAUGAAGACCAGCUGCUGUGGAGCCCCAACGUGCUCCCAGAGCGGGAGGUGGAAGAGUUCCUGUACAGGGCAGUGAAGCGGAGGUGGCAGGAGACGGCUGGCCCCCAGAUCCCAGAGGGCGAGGUGGUUAAGGACAGUGAACAGGCGCUGUACGAGCUGGUGAAGUGUAAUUUCAACGUGGAGGAGGCCCUGCGCAGACUGAGGUUCAAUGUGAAAGUGAUCAGAGACGGGCUCUGCGCCUGGAGUGAGGAAGAGUGCAGGAACUUUGAACAUGGCUUCCGUGUUCACGGGAAGAACUUCCACCUGAUCCAGGCCAACAAGGUGCGCACGCGGUCAGUGGGCGAGUGUGUGGAGUAUUACUACCUGUGGAAGAAAUCUGAGCGCUACGACUACUUUGCCCAGCAGACACGGCUGGGCCGGAGGAAGUUCGUCUCCUCUGGAAUCACGGAUGCUGAGCAGGACCUGGAUGGCCUUGACCCCGACGGCCCUGCCCGCUUGCGCCCUGAGCAGGAGUCUGAGGCAGGGGUGCCCAUAGAACUACCGAGUGUGGACAUUGCAGCUGGUGGUCUCGAUCAGCCUGGAGUGGGCUCAGCUGAGCUCUCAUCCUCUGAGCCAAAACCAUGUUCGUUCCAGCCUCUGGAGGAGCCCCCUGCUGCGGCCUCGCUGCAGCAGCUCCCCAGCAGCCUGGCCACCCCGGCUGAACUCCCACUGGUGGUGGCUGCUGCCGCUGCCGCUCCUGCUCCAGAGCCGGGCACCAGCCCCAGACUGGCUGUGGACCUUGCCCUACCUGAGGAACUGCCCCUUGUGUCCAGCCCCGUGGAUCUCAGCGAGGACACUGCAGAGCCCAUGGCUCCAGCACAGAUGGCCUUGUCAGUCACUGAAUUUGGACUCAUUGGCAUCGGAGAUGUGAAUCCCUUCCUAACUGGCCACCCCACGUGCCCAGCCUCCACACUGCGCUCGGAGCCUUUGUCACAGUGCAAUGUGAUGACCUGUUGACCCCUGGUCAUCUGUGGGCACGCGUGCUCAGAAUGGACAUGGCAGCACUGCCAGGCCUGCCCGUCAGUCUUCCUGACCCCUCCCACGCAGGCCUGCGUGGUGCCUCCUUUGCUUCAGAACAUGAUGGGACUCAGUGAAGUGGCCAGGGCCACACAGACCCCAGACCUCAGCAUCCAGUACCACCACAGCCCCUGGCUGCUAUCAUGCCAUGGAGUGACCCUGGAACUGGGCUCAGAGGGCCCAUCCCGACGUGGGGCCAGCCAUUGGCCUCUCAGCCUGCAGGGGCUGGGCAGGUGGUGCUGCCGGGGGCUUUGGGCAGGACUCACUAUGAACCAGCAGCCUCUACCCAGGCACCCUCCAUAGGCCAACUCUUUCCCCACCACAGCGGGGUUGUGGCCGCCAGCCUCUGCUCAGCGUGGGACCCUGGGGCACAGAGCCAUAUACCUCGCCCUGUGGCCGCCCUUUCUCCACCCUUAGCCGUCUCCACUUCAGGAAAAGCCGCACUUUAUACCCCACUGCCUCCUGCCCACACCCCCCACCCCGUGCUGAGGUGGGGCCUCAGCAGCCCUGGUGGGUGAGGAGCAGGUGGUCCAUUCCCUUCCUGCCCCUCUCCGUGGGGCACCUUGGGGUGCAGCUCUGGAAGCACCACCCUGCCAUCCCCCUGUCCUGAGGGUCUCAUUUCUUUGGAGGCUCCUAGCAGGGUGGCUGGGUCCGUCUUGUCCUCGGCCUCCCUCAUUUUAUUUAUGUUGGUGUUUACAAUUCGGAGUGGGGUCCCUGGGCAGGCAGCUCCGCUCGGUGUUGGCAGAGCGGUGCUGUUUGAGCCUGUGCGGCUGGACUAGACCGUCCCUGCGCCACCGAGGACACUGUGAUGUGAGACUGCCUUUGCCCAGCUCUUUUAGUUAUUAAACUUGAUUUGAAGCCCGGGGUGUUUAUGGUGGCUUGGCAGGAGCUGGGGACCUACAUUGCCCUUGUUGACCAUUAGGGACUCUGGGCAAGAGUCUGGCUGCACAGCAGAGCACAUCUGAGAGGCGUGGGAUCAACAGGCCACACAGGACCCCAUGGCAUAGGCCCAGGCAGCCAGUAAAGUUGCCAGUAAAGCUCAAACAUGGAGUAUCAGUUGACUUUGGGUGGAACCAGUGGCAGAGGAGCACUUAGGGCAGAGCCCUAGGGUGGUGGGCAGAGGUCAGUGUUUGCUGGGACAGAGGUAGUCUGUGUGGACACCAUUGGAAACUUGUACCUGGCUUCACUUCCUUGGGUACUUCAAACAGGCUGGGCAGGGACAGGGCGAUUGGACCCAGACAGUGGGGCCCAAGGCAGAGAGGAAGGAAGGCAGUCUGGGAGAGGAGAGAGCGUGGGAUCGGAGAGUUCCCACGCUGUGGGAGGUUUUUAUUUUGUGUGGACAGUGGGUCUGUUCCCAUCCACCCCUCUGCUCAUAUGUCUCCUGUUAACCUGGCACAGAACUGGCAUCUUUUCUGAUACUCCAGGCCCACUCAGUCCUGAAUCUUUUUAAAUUUUUCUGCUAAAACA